AUGAGAAACCUCGAAGAGGAGCAUAUUGCCGCACAAAUUGCUCAGUACUAUGAAGGUCUCUUCACGUCUGGAAUCAACACGGCAUCGAGGGAGGAAAUUAGUGCCAUUGUCAGAGAAGCGGUCUCCCCAUGCAUUACUACUGAGAUGAAUAAUCUACUGACUAUGAUCCCAUCUUUUUGUGAGAUCCGAACUGUAGUAUUCUCGAUACAUCCGGAUAAAGCACCGGGACCGGAUGGUUUCUCGGCGAGUUUUUUUCAGUCAAAUUGGGACACAAUUGGCCAAGCUAUCAGCAAGGAAGUUCAGGAGUUCUUCUCCUCCGGUGAAAUGAGAACCUCGACAAAUCAUACCUUUGUCCGGCUCAUUCCUAAGAUCUCAGGACCGAAACUCGUUGCAGACUACAGACCUAUCGCUCUGAGCAAUGUCACUUAUAAGAUCAUAUCCAAACUGCUCUCUCUUUGUCUGAAACCUAUCCUGCAGAGUAUUAUUAGCGAGACACAGUUGGCUUUUAUCAAAGAUCGAGCAAUUUCAGACAAUGUUCUUAUAACACAUGAGCUGCUGCACUUCCUCAAGAUCUCAGAAGCAAAGAAAAAUUGUUCUAUGGCGGUUAAAACUGAUAUGAGUAAGGCGUACGACCGCCUCGAGUGGGAUUUCAUCAGAAUUGUGUUUACAGAGUUCGGUUUCAGUGAAGUGUGGGUAGAAUGGAUAAUGACAUGUAUUACCACUGUAUCUUACUCCUUUCUGCUUGAUGAUUCGGCUCAUGGUCAUGUCACGCCUUCUCGAGGGAUCCGGCAGGGAGAUCCCCUAUCACCAUACAUUUUUAUAAUGUGUGGAGAAGUCCUAUCGGGACUAUGUCGUAAAGCGCAUGCUAGUGGACGUAUGACGGGAUUACGAGUUGCUACAAAGGCUCCUAGGAUCAAUCACUUGCGUUUCGCCGAUGAUACGAUGUUCUUCUUACAGACGGAUGAGGAAAGUUGUUCUACACUGCAGGCUAUUCUACAUAAGUAUGAGACAGUUUCCGGACAAAUGAUAAACUCUACCAAAUCUUCUAUCACUUUCUCUUCGCAAACCCCGCAGGAGACACGACUCCUUGUCCAAUCUUACCUCGGGAUCGAACAAGAAGGUGGUAUGGGGAAACUUGUGAUGCUAAAAGCUGUCCUCUCAGAAAUACCAACAUAUGCUAUGACGUGUUUCCAGUUACCAGUCAGCCUCUGUAACCGAAUUCAAUCGGCACUCACAAGGUUUUGGUGGGAUUCACUUGAAGGCAAAAAGAAAAUGUGUUGGGUAUCUUGGGAUAGAAUCACAAGACCCAAAGAUAUGGGUGGGCUGGGAAUAAGGGAUAUUCAACUCUUCAAUACAGCCCUUCUAGCAAAGCAAGCUUGGAGAAUAAUCUCAAAACCAGAAGGUCUCCUAGUGCGAGUACUUAAAGGGAAAUACUGCACGAAAAAAUCCUUCCUCACGGUAACUUUACCUAAGGAUUGUUCCCAUGGCUGGAGAGGUAUUAUUGCUGGAAGAGACCUACUGGUUUUGAAACUGGGAGCAGUGUUUGGAAAUGGAGAAACUAUUAGUGUUUGGAAAUCUCCUUGGCUUAGUACGAUUAGCCCAAAAACACCUUAUGGACAGCCCCCAGAAAAGUAUCAAGAUUUGGUUGUGGCUGAUCUGUUAACGCGGGAAACUAAGGAGUGGAAUAUCCCAUUGAUAGAAAAGGUCUUCCCACUGUUGGUUGAUGAGAUUACAGUUCUCAAACCUGGUAUAACAGGAGGGUCGGAUGGUUAUGCUUGGUUGGGAGCACGUUCUGGAAUAUACUCCACACGAACUGGCUAUUUUGCGGCGGUAGAGCAUUACCAGAAUCCUCCAACGGUAGCACUAGUACCUGACUGGAAGAAACUCCUCUGGUCAGGAAGAGUAUCACCCAAGUUACAAUUGUUUCUUUGGAAAAUAACACAGGGAGCUCUCCCCACGGGAGCUAACCUACAGCAGCGAGGAUUACUGCAGCAUACCAAUUGUGUAAGGUGUGGAGAGUUGGAGACAGUAGAUCAUAUUUUCUUACACUGUGACUUCGCUCAAAAAGUAUGGUCUUUACCUCUGUUUAAGAACCGUUUUGACGCUGGAGCUUGUCCUGCUUUCAUUGAGGCCUUGAAGAUCGGGAAGCUAGCAACCUGUCUUCCUCCUUUUGGUAUUACUUCAGACAUCUUUCCAUGGGUGUGUUGGUUUAUUUGGAUUGCGAGGAACCACUUAGUUUUUGAAGGGAAAGUCUUUACCCCAGAAGAUACUUUAACAAAGGCGAUGAGAGGAGCAAGAGAAUGGAAUAUGGCCCAACCAGAGACUACAAGAAAGCACCAGUACCCUCCUCCUCCUAACGGACCAUUGGUCAAUCCCGACCUGGAUGAUCUAAUGCUCUGUUACUCAGAUGCAGCAUGGCGGACAGAUGUUAACCUGGCAGGUUUCGGUUGUGUUUUUAAAUCAAGAUCAGGAGUUAUUGACUACCAGACAAGUCGGGUGGAACGCCACGUUUCUUCAUCACUCACUGCGGAAGCUUUAGCCCUUCGAUGGGCAUUACUUACAGCCCAAGCACGGGGCUACUCUAGAAUCUGUUUCAACACAGAUUGUCAAUCGCUCUUAGCAGCAAUUUCGUCAAAGACUCCUCCGGCUGAUCUCUACGGGAUUAUCCAGGACAUCGACCAACUAUCGCUCUGUUUUACCUCUGUUUCUUUUAAUUUCGUUGCUAGACUUUCAAAUUCAGCAGCUGAUCAGCUUGCUAAGUUCGCACUAUGUAAUGCUACUUCAUCUAUUUCUCCUUCGGAGGCUUGA